AUGAAGUGGAUUCAGCUCAUCGCCAUUGCCGCUGUGGCUGCGGCAGAGGUGCCGAGCGAUUGUCCUGCCUACGACAACUACGCCGCCCAGCGCCACCCUCCGUAUUCAUGUGGCAAAUGGAAGUAUCCGUAUCAGCGGCCCGAGGCGAGAUGUCGAUCUUACGUGGUCCCAGAGGUGGAGAUGACAUUGAAGAAAGCAAAAGCCAUGAUCAAAGACGGGGACUUGUACAGAUUGUUUCUGAAUACGUGGCCAAACACGGUGGACACUACGAUUCUGUGGCAUGGGAAGGCGUUGGAUAAUGCUGACGAAGAGCUUGCCUUUGUAACAACUGGCGACAUCCACGCCAUGUGGCUUCGCGACAGCGCCAACCAACUCCAGUCCUACAAGCCAAUUCUCAACAUCAUUUCCCACAACGCCACCAACAACAUUGCCAGUCUGUUCCGCGGCACCAUCAACCUCCAAUCACGAUAUAUUCGCAAAUUCCCUUACUGCAAUGCCUUCCAACCACCUCCUGACUCUAAACUUCCACUCGCCAACCACAAGCGUAGCUUGCUCGCUAAGCGCGGUGAUACAGUUAACCCACCUUACGACCCCAGCGUCGUAUGGGAAUGCAAGUAUGAGCUUGAUUCCAUUUCAGCGUUCCUUCAACUCUCAUGGGACUACUAUGAUGUGACCGAGGAUACCGAGUUCUUUGGCAAAUACGGCUGGGCGGAUGCCGACGGGCAAGUCAACAAAUCGCCGUACACGUGGUUCCGUGACUCGAAUAGUGCUACGGAAACGGUGUCAAACCGAGGCACUGGAAACCCCGUUGCCGGUAACAUUGGUCUCGUGCGCAGCUUCUUCCGGCCGUCGGACGAUUCCACCAUCUAUCAGUACUUUAUCCCUGCCAACAUGAUGUUCUCGCGCUUUCUCAAAGCCUGUGCCGAAAUUAUGCAGACCAUAAACAAAGACACCGCCUCGCAAAUGCUAACGAUGGCGCGGGGUAUAGAAAGCGCCAUUGAAAAGUAUGGUAUUGUCAAACACCCCAAAUUCGGUGACAUUUACGCUUACGAGGUCGAUGGUUUCGGCUCUCACAACUUCAUGGACGAUGCCAACAUCCCCUCUCUGUUAAGUAUCCCUCACAUCGGCUUCAAACCCAACACCGACACAGUUUACCGACGCACUCGCGAGUUUGUUCUCUCCCGCUCCAAUCCAUACUUUGGCUUCGGACCAGUUCUUAAUUCAACUGGUGGGCCGCACCUGGGCCCCGGAAUGGCAUGGCCGAUGGGCGUCAUCAUGCAGACCAUGACCUCGAGUGACGACGACGAGAUUGUGCAUGGCAUUAAGCAGCUAAUGGGAGCGACAAGUGGGCUUGGGCUCAUCCAUGAGUCUGUUAAUACGCAUGAUGAUAAGAAGUGGACUCGGUCUUGGUUUGCCUGGGCGAACGGUCUCUUUGGGCAAAUGAUUCUGGACCUUUUGGGCAGAAAGCCGCAUCUCCUCGCGAGAAGCUACCAGUAG